AAAUCGUCUCUUCCUCCCUCUGCCUUCCGCCCAGAAAACUCCCCAUCCCUCACCAUGAGUCUCGACAUCCACUUCGAGCAGCUGAGUGACGCCCGGUGGACAGAACUCCUGCCGCUGAUCCAGCAGCACCAGGUGGUCAGGCUGAUCGACUGUGGCAUCACGGAAGGGCGCUGCAAGGACAUCAGCUCUGCCCUCGGGGACAACCCCACCCUGACGGAGCUCAACCUUUGCAACAAUGAGCUGGGCGACGCCGGCAUGCGGCUGCUCCUCCAGGGCCUGCACAGCCCCACCUGCAAGAUCCAGAAGCUCAGCGUCCAGAACUGUGGCCUGACAGAGGCUGGCUGUGGGGUCCUGCCCGGCGCGCUGCGCUCCGUGCCCACCCUGCGUGAGCUGUACCUCAGCAACAACCCGUUGGGGGACGCAGGCCUGCGGCUCCUGUGCGACGGCCUCCUGGACCCCCAGUGCCACAUCGAGAGGCUGCAGGUGGAGUACUGCAACCUGACGGCCGCCAGCUGCGAGCCCCUGGCCGCGGUGCUCAGGGCCAAGCGGGAGUUCAAGGAGCUCAUGGUGAGCAACAAUGACCUGGGCGAUGCCGGCGUGCGGGCCCUGUGCCGCGGCCUGGCGGACUCUGCCUCCCCUCUGGAGUCGCUCAGGCUGGAGGGCUGCAACCUCACGCUGGCCAGCUGCCAGGACCUGGGCAGCAUCGUGGCCUCCAAGGCCUCCCUGUGCACGCUGGAGCUGGGCGACAACAAGCUGGGUGACGCAGGCAUCGCGAAGCUGUGCCCCGGGCUGCUGAGCCCCAGCUCCCAGCUCCGGACCCUGUGGCUCUGGGAGUGUGACAUCACGGCCAGUGGCUGCAGAGAUCUCUGCCGUGUCCUUAAGGCCAAGGGGAGCCUGAAGGAGCUCAGUGUGGCCGGCAAUGCGGUCGGGGAUGAGGGCGCCCAGCUGCUGUGCGAGAGCCUGCUGGCGCCCAGCUGCCACCUGGAGUCCCUGUGGGCGAAGUCCUGCGGCUUCACGGCCGCCUGCUGCCAGCACUUCAGCGCCAUGCUGGCCCGGAACACGCGGCUCCUGGAGCUUCAGCUGAGUGGCAACAGCCUGGGGGACGCCGGCGUGCAGCAGCUCUGCCAGGGCCUGGGCCAGCCCGGCGCGGUGCUGCGGGUGCUCUGCCUGGGGGACUGCGAGGUGACCAACAACGGCUGCAGCAGCCUGGCCUCGCUCCUGCUGGCCAACCACAGUCUGUGUGAGCUGGACCUCAGCAACAACUGUAUGAGCGACGUGGGCGUCCUGCAGCUGGCGGAGAGCCUCCAGCAGCCCGGCUGUAUGCUGGAGAAGCUGGUCCUAUUCGACACCUACUGGAUGGAGGACACAGACAACCGCCUGCGGGCCCUGGAGGAGAGCAAGCCGAGCCUGAAGAUCAUCUCCUGAGGCCCCCGGCCCCAGCUCUGGAAACCUGUUCCGCCCGCCAUUGUCCCCCAUGGGCGCCUGGUCAGCCCUAGGGACUCUAGUGUCAGCUCUGACUGAAGAGAAAAUCAAGUCAACUUAGGGAAGAAAAUUUUGGACACUUUAUAACUAUUAAAGCACUUUUUAGGCAAGAGGA